UUUACCUGGCGACAGUUUGCAUUCUCCGCGCCUGCCAUGGCGCAACUGGAAGAACUGGAGCUGCUGAAGAAGAGUCUCCAGGAAGAGGCCGAGCGGCCGGCGGAGCUAUUUCAGAAGAAGGUGGAAGCUUCCUUUUCUAAAACAGUUCUGAGCCGAGGAAUAGAUAACCGGUACCUGGUAUUAGCAGUCAAUAUUGUACAGAAUGAAGAAGGAACCCAUGAAAAACACCUAAUCAUCACUGCUUCCCAGUCACUAGAAAAUAAAGAACUGUGUAUCCUUAGGAAUAACUGGUGCUCUUUACCAGUGGAGCCAGGGGACAUCAUUCAUUUGGAGGGAGACUGCCUAUCUGAUACUUGGAUAAUAGAUGAAGAUUUUGGAUAUUUAAUUCUAUAUCCAGACAUGCUGAUUUCUGGCACAAGCAUAGCCAGUAGUAUUCGGUGUAUGAGAAGAGCUGUCCUGAAUGAAACUUUUAGGAGCUCUGAUCCGGCCACACACCAAAUGCUCAUUGGUACAGUUCUUCAUGAAGUAUUUCAAAAAGCAAUAAGCAAUAGCUUUGCCCCAGAAAAGCUACAAGAAUUUGCUUUUCAAACUGUUCAAGAAAUAAGGCAUCUUAAGGAAAUGUAUCGUUUAAAUCUGAAUCAAGAGGAGAUAAAACAAGAAGUAGAGGAGUAUCUUCCUUCAUUUUCUAAAUGGGCCGGAGAUUUCAUGCAUAAAUACACUUCAGGUGACUUCCCCCAGAUGCAGCUCUCUCUGCCAAGUGAUGGUAAUAACAAUAAUUCAACGUGUAAUAUUGAAGUCAUAAACUCAUUGGACAUUGAAGAAAGCAUUUGGUCCCCAAGGUUUGGAUUGAAAGGCAAAAUAGAUGUCACAGUUGGUGUGAAAAUACAUCGAGGAUGUAAAACGAAGUAUAAGAUAAUGCCAUUGGAACUUAAAACUGGCAGAGAAUUAAAUUCUAUUGAACACCGUAGUCAGCUUGUUCUGUACACAGUGCUGAGCCAAGAGAGGAGAGCUGACCCCGAGGCUGGCCUGCUCCUUUACCUCAAGACCGGCCACAUGUACCCUGUGCCGGCCAACCAUCUUGAUAAAAGAGAAUUAUUAAGGCUAAGAAACCAGAUGGCAUUCUCUUUGCUUCACCGUAUUAGCAAAUCUGCUAUUGAAAAGGAGAAGACAAAGCUUGCUCCUUUGCCACAAAUAAUUGAGGACCAGCAAACUUGUAAAUAUUGUUCACAAAUUGGCAACUGUGCUCUUUAUAGCAGAGCUGUUGAACAACAGAUGGAUGACAGUUCAGUCCCGAUUGGCAUGCUGCCCAAAAUAAAAGAAGAAACCCAACAUCUAAAGCUUACACACUUGGAGUAUUUCAGCCUUUGGUGUCUAAUGUUAACCCUGGAGUCACAAUCAAAGGAUAAUAAAAAGAAUCACCAACAUAUAUGGUUAAUGCCUGCUUCAGAAAUGGAGGAGAGUGGCAACUGCAUUGGAAACCUGCUUAGAACAGAAUGUGUUAAGACAGUUUGUGAUGGACAAUAUUUACAUAAUUUUCAACGUAAAAAUGGUGACAUUCCUGUCACAAAUCUAAUGGCAGGUGAUAGAAUUAUUUUAAGUGGAGAAGAGAGAACACUGUUUGCUUUGUCUAGGGGAUAUGUGAAGGAGAUUAACAUGACAUCAGUAACCUGUUUAUUAGACAGGAACUUGUCAGUACUCCCAGAAUCAACUUUGUUCAGAUUGGACCAGGAAGAAAAAACUUGUAAUAUAGAUACUCCCUUAGGAAAUCUUUCUAAAUUGAUGGAAAAUACUUGUGUCAGCCAAAAACUUCGAGAUUUAAUCAUUGACUUUCGUGAACCUCACUUUAUAUCCUACCUCAGUUCUGUUCUUCCAUAUGAUGCAAAGGAUACAGUUGCCUGCAUUCUAAAAGGCUUGAAUAAACCUCAGAGGCAAGCAAUGAAAAAGGUACUUCUUUCAAAAGACUACACACUCAUCGUGGGUAUGCCUGGAACAGGAAAAACAACCACAAUAUGUACUCUUGUAAGAAUUCUCUAUGCCUGUGGUUUUAGUGUUUUGUUGACCAGCUAUACACACUCUGCUGUUGACAAUAUUCUUUUGAAGUUAGCAAAGUUUAAAAUAGGCUUUUUGCGUUUGGGUCAGACUCAGAAGGUACAUCAAGACAUCCAGAAAUUCACAGAGGAGGAAAUUUGCAGAUCCAAGUCCAUUAAAUCUUUAGCUCUUCUGGAAGAACUCUACAAUAGUCACCGUAUAGUUGCAACAACGUGUAUGGGAAUAAACCAUCCAAUAUUUUCUCGUAAAACUUUUGAUUUUUGUAUUGUGGAUGAAGCCUCUCAAAUUAGCCAGCCAGUCUGCCUAGGGCCACUUUUUUUUUCUCGGAGAUUUGUGUUGGUGGGGGAUCAUCAGCAGCUUCCUCCCCUGGUGCUAAAUCGUGAAGCAAGAGCUCUUGGCAUGAGUGAAAGCUUAUUCAAGAGACUGGAGCAGAAUAAGAAUGCUGUUGUACAAUUAACUGUGCAGUACAGAAUGAACAGUAAAAUUAUGUCCUUAAGUAAUAAACUGACAUAUGAAGGAAAGCUGGAGUGUGGAUCAGACAAAGUGGCCAACGCAGUGAUCAGCCUACCUCACUUUAAAGAUGUAAAGCUGGAACUGGAAUUUUAUGCUGAUUAUUCUGAAAAUCCUUGGAUGAUUGGAGUAUUUGAGCCAAACAAUCCUGUUUGUUUUCUUAAUACAGACAAGGUUCCAGCACCAGAACAAGUUGAAAAGGGUGGUGUGAGCAAUAUGACAGAAGCCAAGCUAAUAGUUUUCCUGACCUCUAUUUUUAUUAAGGCUGGAUGUAAACCCUCUGAUAUUGGUAUCAUUGCACCCUACAGGCAGCAGUUAAAGAUCAUCAAUGAUUUAUUGUUCCAUUCUUCUAUCAGGAUGGUCGAAGUUAACACUGUAGACAAAUACCAAGGAAGAGACAAAAGUAUCAUUCUGGUAUCUUUUGUUAGAAGUAAUAAAGAUGGACCUCUUGGUGAACUCCUGAAAGAUUGGCGGCGUCUUAAUGUUGCUAUAACCAGAGCCAAACAUAAACUGAUUCUCCUAGGAUGUGUGCCCUCACUGAACCGCUAUCCUCCUUUGGGGAAGUUACUUGAUCAUCUAAACUCGGAAAAAUUAAUCAUGGAUCUUCCAUCAGAGGAACACGAAAGUCUUUGUCAUGUAUUGGGUGAUUUUCAAAGAAGAUAA